AUGGCAUCAGCGUAUGUUCCGACUCGAUGGCAGAAAACUCUGGUGUUGCAUGCAGAUGGAGCACUUGAUAGCAUGGAUCAGAAAGGUCUAGAGCAUCUCGCAUUAGUUACAGAUAGCUCAUGUCCUCAUGCCGCUGACCACCUCGAUGCUGUGCGGGACUUGGCCUCUUUGAGAUCGUUGGAAUGGGAAGGGAUUCAGCAACCAUGGGAAAUCGAACUAAUGCGCCAGUGCAUUCAACGCAAUCAGAAGCAACUGAAGGUCCUGUCCAUCGGAUUCAGCGUGGGAGCGCAUCAUCCAAAUUUUCAUGUAGACGUGCUCGGACUGCGGGAGACCGUGACUCUUCCUCAUUUGGAUCAUUCGACCAAAUUUCUUUCUUCACUCGUUUCAUUGACACUCUCAAAGACGAGUAUGCCUACACAAAUUCCAAUUAGGGACGUGCCUCUCUUCUCCAGUCUGAAGGUCUUGAGAUUACGCGGAUGCCCUAAUGCCCUGGAAUUCUUGAAUGCCCUGUCGGAUUCCACGCCUCGUCUCCAACUAAAACGAUUCGAGUUUUGCGGCGAUAGUUUGGCUUCCACUUUUGACAAACUGGACGAUAUCAACAUUUUGAUCUCACUUUUGCUUUCAUUUCGAGGUUUGAAGCAUUUGCAUCUGAUAAUCUCAAAUUUUCCACACUCUUGUGGUCUUCGAACUGCAAUCCAGCAUCACAUCGCCACCCUGGAGACGCUGGCAUAUCACGAGCAACAGCUGUCUCCAAUUGACGACGACAGACUAUGGUGGGACACUCGAGAUUAUGCUCCCUUGUGGAUCUUUGAGCAGGCGAGAAGUCUCCACCUUCACAGACUUUCUGCCCUGGCGCUUUGUGCGAGUCCAUCGUUCUUAGUAAGUCGCCCCAACAUUUCUAAGGCUGUGAUAUAUUAA